AUGGAGCGGGGGCCAGUGGUGGGGGCAGGGUCAGGGGCCAGGGCCCAGAUCCGGGCACUCCUGGGUUGCCUGUUGAAGGUGCUGCUCUGGCUGGCCUCUGCCUUGCUGUACUUUGGAAGUGAACAGGCCGCCCGCCUCCUGGGCAGCGCCUGCUUUCGGCGCCUCUACCAUGCCUGGCUAGCAGCAGUGGUCAUCUUCGGGCCCCUUCUACAGUUCCAUGUCAACCCUCGGACCAUCUUCGCCAGCCACGGCAACUUCUUCAACAUAAAGUUUGUGAAUUCCGCGUGGGGCUGGACAUGCACCUUCCUCGGAGGCUUUGUAUUGCUCGUGGUAUUCCUGGCCACGCGGCGAGUGGCGGUGACCGCCCGACACUUGAGCCGGCUGGUGGUGGGUGCAGCCGUGUGGCGGGGGGCUGGUAGGGCCUUCCUGCUCAUCGAGGACCUGACAGGCUCCUGCUUUGAGCCUGUACCCCAGGGCCUGCUGCUCCAUGAGCUGCCGGACCGCCGCAGCUGCCUGGCUGCUGGCCACCAGUGGCGGGGCUACACUGUCUCCUCCCACACCUUCCUACUCACCUUCUGCUGCCUGCUCAUGGCCGAGGAAGCAGCAGUGUUCGCCAAGUACCUGGCCCACGGGCUGCCCGCUGGCGCCCCCCUGCGCCUCGUCUUCCUGCUCAACGUGCUGCUGCUGGGCCUCUGGAACUUCUUGCUGCUCUGUACCGUCAUCUACUUCCACCAGUAUACUCACAAGGUGGUGGGUGCCGCAGUAGGCACCUUCGCCUGGUACCUCACCUAUGGCAGCUGGUAUCAUCUGCCCUGGUCCCCAGGGAGCCCAGGCCAUGGGCUCUUUCCUCGCCCUCACCCCAGCCGCAAGCAUAACUGAAGAAAUAAAGGCACAUCAGGCCUGGCUCCGGCUCAUGUCGUCAUUUGGCUGGGGUCUGGAGACGGUAGGAAGGGUAAGAAGAGGGUCUGGUAGUCACUGGAGUUCUCAGGUGUUCUUUGUUGUUACUGACCUUGAAUGCCCUUCCUUAUGCUUGACCUCCAUGCCUGCUGCUGUCCUUUCAGCCUCCUACUCCUUGCAAACUUCAAGUUUUCUGGGACUGUGAUGUUGAGGAAUGGCGCUGUUAAGAUAGGUAACAGUCCCCUUAGGUAUGGGCAUCAUUCUUGGCUGAGGAGGUGUUCCAUCUCCAGCCUGGUUGUUUUGUUUUUCCUGCCCCCUCCACAGAAUCUCCUCUCCCCCCUCCUCAGGGCCCUGCCCAUCUCGGCACCCCACUCAGGGCCCCUUCCUACCCUGUCUUCCCCAUAGGGGAUCUGUGUCUGCUCAUUUAUUUAAUAAAGGUUUAUUAAGCCAAGCAUAGUUCCACGCCAUGUGAAUAAGAAAGACAAGAUUUCUGCUCUCUUGGGCCAUAUGGGCUACUGGGGGAGACAUGAUAAACACACAAAAAUAGCAAAUACUUGUUGUAUUGCGCUUUGUCUGUGCCAGGCACUGUUCUAAGUUUCUAAGUUCUUUAUAUAAACACAUUUAGUCCUCACAACAACAGCACUAUGAAGUAGGUUUAGUAGCAUUCUAUUGUAGAGUUGGGAAAACUGAGGCACAGAGGUUAAGUAAUUUGUUCACACCUAGAAAAUAAGAGCCAGGAUUACAAACCCAGACAAUAUGGGUUCAUCAUCUGUGCUCUGAACCAGGGGUCAGCAAACUACAGGCCACCUGUGGCCAGCUUUUGCAUGGCCUGCAACCUAAGAACAGUUUUUACAUUUUGAAAUGGUUGAAAAAAAAAUCAAAAGAAUAAUACUUUAUGACACAUGAAAUUCUAAUUUUAGUGUCCAUAAAGUUUUAUUGGAACACAGUCAUGCUCGUUCAUUUAUGUAUUGUCUAUGGCUGCUUUACUUUGGACAUGUUAUCAUGUGGGACCAGUCUCUGGAGAAAGACAUCAUGCUUGGUAGAGGGUCAGCCAAGGAGAGGAAGACCUUCAAUGAAAUGGAUUGACACAGUGGCUGCAAUGAUGAGUUGGAACCUAACAAUAAUUGUGAGGAUGGUACAAGACUGGGCAAUGUUUUGUUCUGUUGUACAUAGGGUCGCUGUGAGUUGGAACUGACUCAAUGGCACCUAACAACAACAUGGCUGCUUUCCUGCUACAAUAACAGAGUAGUUGCUGGAAACUAAAUAGUCCACAAAGGCUAAAAUGUUCCCUAUCUGGCCCUUCAUAGAAAAAUUUGCAGACCCCUGGCCUAAACCAAUAUGCUGUCCUGCCUCAAAAAAUAAACUGGCUAAUAUCAGAGAGGUAAGUGCCAUGAAGGAACUAAAACAGGUUUGUUUGUAAUAGACUUGGAGGCAGGUACUUUUACAAAGAGUGAUCGACAGAGUUCUCUUUGAGGAGGCGGCCAACAGAAUGACAGCACGAACCAGCAGGAGGGAGUUUCAGCAAAGGGCAGCAAGAGCAAAGACCUUGCAGUUAGAAAUGAACAAGACACUCUUGAAAAGCAAAUGGCAAGUGCAGGUAUUUGCAAGUGUAAUGAAUGAGGGGAAAAGCAGCAGAAAGUGAAGUUGGACGGGACACAGGUUGCAGCUGCCAUGCAGGGGCUUAGAAUGGAGCCUUUUGGAUUUCAUUCUAAGGUCAACAGGAGAUUGUGAAAUGGUUUUAAGCAAGUGAGGGACAUGAUACCGCUGCUGUGUGGAGAGUGGGUUACAAAGGAAUGCAAGAUAUAACACUGGUCCGGGUGAGAACUGAUGAAAGCUUACAUCCGGAUGGCGCCAGAGUCUAAGGGUCGCCGCAUGGUCGAGGGAGCCAAGGGUCCACGUUGGCCGGGAUAAAAGCACACCAGGUCUUGCUUCAACUCAGAAAAGAUGUGGAAGGGGCCCAAGUAAGGCUUAUCACUGUCCCAGGUCGAACAGGGGAUGAAAAGAGCCGGCGGGGGUCUCAGGAGCCAGGGGUCAGGGAAAUCAGAAGCUGGAAGGCGGGAAUGAGGAGGCAGGA